CAUUUGACUGUUUUUAAGGUGACUACUAGAAAAUUUAGAAUUUCACAUGUGGCCCACAUUAUGUUCAUAUCAGACACCGUUCUAGAACACUAAUGUAAUAAAAACAUUAUUGGUGUUCUUUUUUUUCAAAAAAGAUUUUAUUACUUAUGAGAAAGUGAGCAGGGGGAGAAGCAGACUCACCGCUGAGCAAGGAGCCCAAUGCAAGGCUUGAUCGCAGGACCCUGAGAUCAUGACCUAAGCCAAAGGCAGAUACUUAACUGACUGAGCCACCGUGGUGUUCUUUUUCAGAUGACCCUUUCUCAAUCUUUGUUUCCAUUUCACCUUCUCUAUUAGCUCAAAUUAAUAUUCUUUUUUUUAAGAUUUUAUUUAUUUAUUCAUUCAUGAAAGACAGAGAGAUAGAGUGCAGCAGAGGGAAAAGCAGGCUCCACGCAGGGAGCCCGACAUGGGACUCGAUCCCCGGUCUCCAGGAUCAGGCCCUGGGCUGAAGGUGGCACUAAACCGCUGAGCCACCCGGGCUGCCCAAAUUGAUAUUCAUUUAAUUAUUUUCUCUGAAUGUUUGCCUUUCCUGCCAUUACUGUCCUUCCCCUAUCUCCAUCUUUGCCAUCAUCGUUCGGGAGCUCCCAUCCAGUAGCCAGGCAGUCCUAGGAGCCACCGUACAGGCAAGCACCUUUGCUCAAAGUUUUUGGCUAUGACACUCCGUGGUUUCUGAAGGCCAGAGCCUCACUUGGGAGCUGGUUAGGGACGCAGGUCUCUGGCCCCACCCGAGACCUAUUGAAAUAGUAUCAUCUCUAACAGAAUCUCCAUGGGGUAUGUCUGCUCAGGAAAGCGUGCCACGGUGAGAGCUUUACCAAUCAUCUUUCUUAAGGCGCCCCCAUUUCAGUUCAUCACAUCUGUUCCUUCAGUUGGAUUUGAUGAAGUUUCUACGAGGUUGAGAUACCAUGAAAGUUGUUGCCAAGAGAAACUAGCACUCUGUAUCUCUAAAAAGAUAGUGAGGCAGGGACUUUUGGGCAAAUGGCAUCCAGAAGGUGAGUCCAGAGAUUGAAAUCCUAUGACUUCCUGCAAACAGACUCAAAUAUCCUUAUCUCUCGCAGAGACAUCACUGUCCCCUUCCCCCAUCUCCAGAGCAUUAGAGCUACUAGUGAAAUGAGCCUCACCUUGCUGUGUCUAGUUUACAUCUGUUUGCUGCAGUCCCAGGCCACGUUGCAGAGCUCAACGUACCAUCCCUGCAGCCAGACAUCUUCCUAGGCAUGGUUGACUGUGGAGGCCUGAAGAGGAAAUUUAUGGCGACUGGUCCAGGUCCCAAGCUAGCAGAGCUCCUCCACAUGAGUACCUCAAGUUUCUUUGGCUUGCUUGCACGACUGGCCAGACUAUGCACCAUGCCACAGGGCCUUGGACCUCAGGCAAAGCCAGUGCUGUCAGCCCCGAGAGUGGCAGUCACUAUGGUCCAGGCGGCAGGCAAGAAGGACCGCCCUGCUCUGCCUCUCCUGGAUGAAAGUGAACUGGAAGAGCAGUUUGUGAAAGGACAUGGUCCAGGGGGCCAGGCCACCAACAAAACAAGCAACUGUGUGGUGCUGAAGCACAUCCCCUCGGGCAUCGUCGUCAAGUGCCAUCAGACAAGAUCAGUUGAUCAGAACAGAAAGCUGGCUCGGCAAAUCCUACAAGAGAAAGUGGAUAUUUUCUACAACGGUGAAAACAGUAUUGUUUACAAAGAAAAACAAGAGGCAGAGAAGAAAAAGCAAGAGCGGAAACGAAGAGCAAAGGAAACCCUAGAAAAAAAGAAGCUCCUGAAAGAACUCCGGGAAUUAAGUAAAAACGUCCACUGAGAAAGAAAUGAAGAUGUUUUGUUGUUGCUUUGUUUUUAAGAUCUCUGCACCCAACGUGGGGCUUGAAUUCACAACCCCAACCCCAAGAUCAAGAGUCUCCUGCUCUUCCAACUAAGCCGGCCAGGCACCCCUGAAAAAACUGCAGAUUCUUUUUUUUUCCUUUAAGAUUUUAUUUAUUUAUUCAUGAGAUCAACAGAAAGAGGGAAGCAGAGACACAGGCAGAGGGAGAAGCAGGCUCCUCGCAGGGAGCCCGAUGUGGGACUCGAUCAUGGGACUCCAGGAUCACGCCCUGGGCUAAAGGCAGACACUUAACCACUGAGCCACCCAGGCAUCCCAAAACUGCAGAUUCUAACUAAAGAACUUGCCAGAGGCAGGGUGCCUGGCUGACUCAGUUGUUGAAGCGUCCCAUUCUUGAUUUUGGCUCAGUUCAUGAUCUCAGGAUCAUGAGAUGGAGCCCCAAGUUGGACUCCAUGCUGGGCAUGGAGUCUGCUUGAUUCUCUCUCUCUCUCUGCCUCCCUCCCACCCCCAACCUGCCCUCCUCAUGCUCAUGUACUCUCUAAAAAAAUAAAAAUAAAAAGGGGUCGUCAUGAUAGGACACUAGGAGGAGCCAUGGAUGGCUGACAAAGUUCUUUCUGGACCUGGGCAGUAAUUAGAAGGAUGUCACCAGACUUUGUUAAACUACACAUUUGUGUGAUUGUAUCUUGCUUUAUUACCAAAGGUUAAAAAUAAAACUUUUUUGAAAAAAGCAUUACUAAAGAAGGUCUUUUUUUCUUUUUCUUUUUUUUUGAAAACUGGAAUGGAGUCAAACAUUAGUGGCAUUUUUGGAAUGCUUAGCUGGCUCAAUCAGUGGAGUGUGGGACACUUGAUCUCAGGGUUGAGUUCAAGCCCCACAUUGGGUGUAAAUUACUUAAAAUCUUUGUUUUUCAACCAUUUUAUUUAUUUGAGAGAGAGCACAAGCAGGGAGAGGGGCAGAGAGAGGAGAAGCAGACUCCCCAUAGAGCAAGGAGCCCAAUGUGGGGCUCAAUCUUGGGACCCUGGGAUCAUGAGGUGAGUCAAAGGCAGAUGCUUAACCAACCGAGCCACCCAGACACCUCAGAAAUAAAAUGUUUAAGAAAAAAACCAAAAAAAAAAAAAAAAAAAAAGAAAGAAAAAAACCACACACACAUUAUGGCAUUUAGUGCCACCAUUCAUCUGCUGGGAGGUUAUUGCUCAGCGAUACUUAGACAUCCCUUAGCUUAAUGUCAGACUAAGAAUAAAAGAAAAACAAGGCAGAGAAAAGUAGACACGUGAGUAUGGUAACCUGCCUGUUUAUCCCAUUAACUUAAUAGACUGUGCUUUGCCAAGUAUCCUGUGAUGUGAAGACACAAGAUGGGCGCCUGACUGGCUCAAUAGGGAGAGCAGGCCACUCUUGAUCUUGGGGUCAUAAGCGUGAGUCCCAUGUUGGGUGUAGAACCUACUUUAGAAAAAUACCCACAUUCCCUAUAUGUUGAUUUACAAGUAAAUUUAUGAGUUUCCAGAAACCUGAUUUGUGACAAUUGUUUGGGGUUUUUAGGCACAGGGUAAUAGCUUGGCUUGUCAGAACACAUCAGGUGUUCACCCAUAAAACAGGUAGGGGAAAAAAACCCUGAGGGGAGAUAGUCCCUGUCAGACAGGGUCUGCAGGCAAAGCUAGCCCAUUCUGCAGCCACAGACCGCAUGCCCAGGGCAUGUGUCCCAAUAAAUUUACCUUUAAGGCAGCCAUCGAAGGCUCUUCUCACCUUGGAGUGAGCUGGAUUAGAAGUUCCAGCAUUGCAUGCAAGGCUCUGGAGACCUGGUCGCAGCAUCCAGGACCCUUCCCUCUGUGGACCUCCACUUAGAAGGUAGCCAAGCACCUGGAAGGGUCCAUGACAAGUGGGUAAGGGUGGGAAGAGAACUCUGGGAGCUAUGGACAGGAGGGACAGAGGCUUCAAUCUGUCUCCUCUCUUGUACCUUUUGGGAUUUGCUGUGAGGUGCGUGAAAGAGAUGCAGACAAGCCUGCUCCUCAGAGCUGACUCUUAGCAGCCCAGCCCUUAGACCUAUUGUGGCUGGGCCCUCACCUCCUGCCUGCAAAACUGACCACUUCCCUCAUUUGUUUCUGUCAACCGCUCACCACAGUGAAUCCUCACCACCUGGGAAUUAGUGUCUAAGGAAUGUGGUAAAAACCACCACAAGAUCCCUUUGGAAGGCGCUGCUGGGGACCAGCACUCGAGUUCUCCACACAUCAGCGCAAGCAGCUCUUCGCCAGCACCAGAGCAGGGGAUCCUUCCAGUGAGCACCAGAUGUAGCCAGCUGGACUUCAGUGGCUGCACAUGAGAAACACAUGCCUCCUGCACCCAGAAAUGCUCCCAGGAUAGAUAACACAUGAAAGCCCAGAAUGGCCUCGUUGUGGGCAGGCAAUGGACGCAACACUGACAUUCUUGUUUUCUCCCCUGGUGACACUAAGUCUGCUGCAAGUAAAAUGCACCAGAAUGCAGCCUCAUGUGACCCCCACCUUCUGACUUAAGCAAACCCGUUCCUUCCUCAGCCCACAGUGGUUACAGCAUUGCAUACAACAGGUUUCUGGAGCUAGGUGGGCAAACAUUCUGUGACCGGGAGCUCCCAUCUCAUCGGAGCUGUUUUUUGUUUGCUUUGUUUUAAAGAUUUUAUUUACUUUUUUUUUAAGAUUUUAUUUUUAGGUAAUCUCUGCACCCAAGGUGGGGCUUGAACUUACAAGCCCGAGAUCAAAAGUUGCCCCUCUACCUACUGAGCCAGCCAGGUGCCCUGAGCAGCUGUCUUUUAAACUAUCACUUAAGGGGCACCUGGGUGGCUCAGUCAGUUAAGUGUCUGCCUGCAGCUCAGGUUGUGAUCUCAGGGUCCGGGGUCAGAGUCCUGCAUCAGGCUCUCUGCUCAGAGGGGAGUCUGCUUCUCCCUUUCCCUCUUGUGCGCCCCCUGCUUGUGCUCUCUCUCUUGCACGCGCUCUCUUAAAUUAGUAAAAUAAAAUAAGUAAAAUACCACUUGAAAAAUAAUACCACUGGGGAUCCCUGGGUA